UUUUUAGUCUGCACAUCAUUUUCACAUGUUUAACUUCAUAACGUGCUCCCACCUACUAUUUGGUAGUUGCAUCGUGUAGCUUUUUAGUCGGACAGGUAGAAGAGAGAUACGUACAAGCAAAUGUAUAAUCAAGUAAUGAGCAAUAUUCAUCCAAUAUUCAUUCCCACCACGGACGGAUGAUGCGAUGGAAUUGAAUUACCUGUAGUCAUGCACCCAAAAACAUUACGAUCUUCUACUCCACAACGUCAUUAGGCGGCUUACACGCUGACUGACUGAUAUAAAUACUCAACAGAAGAAGAAGAAGAACAGAUCAUUGGAAAAAAAGGCAACGUGUUUUUCGAGUUGGUAGUGUUUAUACAGUGCAUGUGCCAUUAUUAUUAUUGUGGUUGCUUGGUUGGUUGGAUGGAGAAUAAAAAGAACGCGGAAUGAGAUCACUGAAAUAAUUUUACCGUGAAAUAUAAGAGCAUUCGGUUGUGAGGAUAAAGUGGGAUCUGAUUUGUAUUUAGUACAGAGUUUAGAGGACAAAAAUAUUUGAAGAGGCUGAGAACUUCUUGUAACAACUUCUUGUAACUUCUUGUUACUUCUUCUUGUAAUAACUUCUUGUAACAAUGGAGUGAUUAGAGUUUGGCUAGUUAAGGGAAGCCAGUUUGCUUGCUACCCUUAAAUAUGUAAGAGGAAGCGUGCAAUUAAGGAAAAAGUCGUAUAAAUAACUAUUUAACCAUAGUUUACCCACAUACAUUUAAGGCUAAUCGUUAAUCCUCGUCUUAAAGGCAAAACAUGGGAGUUGUUCUGCUAAAUACGAGUUGUAUGUACAUGCAAUAAUGUUUUAAUGCAGUUGUUCUAACGUGCUACUGCCUAUUACUUAUUGCUGCUCGUCGUAAAAACAUUUUGGGAUCUUUUUAUGAGUAAUAUCUCUUCGAUGACGAGAAGGACCUGAACCUAAAAAAAUAAGACAUCGUCAAACACACAUUUGUAAAGUGAAAUACGGACCGAGUCAUGUACGUGCCCACGAGAAUGCAUACAAAGAAAUUCAGACCGUCUAUGCAACCAAACCUCGAGUGAUACGUACAUAUCUGGCUCGAAUUAUUAUCAGGAAGCGUGUGAAAAGAUAAAUGUGACAGUUGCCAGUCUACUAAUGCUUAUUAUUCUUCUGUUGUGAUUAUUUCUACGCUUUUUUAACCAACCAACUUGUGAAACAAUCUGUGAUUUUUUUUGGUAUAAACUAUUUUUGAUCUGUGAUCCUUCAAGAUGUGGAAAAGUGGUGGAAAAUUUGUCUACAAGCCGGCCCUCGUAUUUUUAGCUGUCACAUUUUUUUCGUCAUUCUCGUCAGCAGCAUUGUCAAAUUCGGGAGAAAGUGGGGAGAAAGGUCGUCCAAGCCAAAAUGAGAUUUCAAUCGCUCCAAGUCAUUUGAGAGCUGCAGACGUGGAGACGCAUUACGUCUACAUGAAUUUAAAAAAGUCGGCUCAGCUACAAUGUGAAAAUGUAGAGUUGUCUUCCGUGCCAGAAAAUCUUGCAAAAAAUAGUAGCGAAGGUAUAAAAUGGUAUAAAACGUCGCCAAGUCAGGUGGACAUGUCUGCAAAAUGCUUAGACACCGAUGACGACGACGACGACGAUGAAGAUGAUAAGCAUGCCGAUGACGACAAAAAUGACAGUGAUGAAAAAUAUUUCGACAAAUUAAAGUGUUCAUACAUUUACUCUAAUGUAAAUAAUAGCAAAUCGCUAUUUUACUCGAAACUUCGUCUCCGUAAACUUUCACAGUCCGAUUACGGGAAGUACGAAUGCCGCCGAGUUGAUGGAACAGUACUUCGAGAGUUUGUUUUAACAGGGGAGAUAAGGGCUACAAGAAAGUCCAAAACGCCGAAACCAGAGACGGAAAGAAGCGUCUUUGUAAAUGUAGGAAUGCCGCUUCAUUUGUACUGCAAUUACUCACAAGGAGAGUCGGACAAGUACUUCAACAUUAGUGAUAUCGAUUACGUAACGGUGUCCUGGUUUAGAGUGGAUGCCACUGGGGUGAAAGAUGAAGACGGGAAUGUCAACAGGACUGACAUAACUUCAGAUUUGCGGAAUAAAGGGGAGGGUGAAUAUCUAAACUUUACCGAAAUCCACCCCUAUCAAUUCCUGGGCACUGCAAAGAGUUCUCAUCGAGCUGAAUAUAUCUGUUCGGUAAAUCUGAAGACGCACUCAAAAAAUAUCAUUCACGAGAAAAUGUUUCCUGUCGAGUACAAGUUUAAUGUUAGAGUACAAGAUUUUGACAAAUGGAUGCUACCCGCUGGGAUAUUACUCGUAGAAAUAAUUUGCAUGGCAAUUUUUACCGCAAUAAUUUGGAGAAGGGAUGACGCCAAGGAGAAGAGUGAUGAUGUUGGCGUCCCUCAAGAUUCUGACGAUGAUGAGGAGGAGAGUCCGAAAUUGAAAUGAUCAUAGAAUUAUUUCAACCGAUUUUAAAAGAUGACAUCCAAUGUGUUAUUAUUCAACUGAUUUGUAACUUAUGUAACAGUAAUCAAUGCAUUUUUCAGUAAGAUAUUGUUGGGAACAAGCCAUGAAUUUCAACCCUGCAGUUAUUUUUAUGAUACAUGGCCUUAAUAUAGUCAGUCCCUGUCAUAUCGCAAAUUUUGCCUUUACAUACAUAAUUAAUUAAUAAGACGUGUUCAAUACAAAAUAUAGCCAUUAGUUCCAUAGAACUCAGUAAAAGUAAAAGCAAAGUAUUUACUGA